AUGAACAUCUCAGACUACCCCCUGGAUCACCCCCAGCCCACAGCCCACCACUCUGCUGAGUACAUACAGGACCUUGUGUCACAAGAGGGACCAUCGACAUCUCAGGAGUUAAAGCCAGACCCGGACGGUAGGGCAACUCAAGAAGAGGGCUGUCCCGUGUGUGGUGACAGGGUGUCAGGAUAUCACUACGGUCUACUCACCUGUGAGAGCUGUAAGGGCUUUUUUAAGCGCUCUGUACAGAACAACAAGCGCUAUUCAUGUGCAGACGCACAGUGCUGCCCCAUGGACCCAGCCCAGAGGAAACGAUGUCCUUACUGCCGCUUUCAGAAAUGUCUAGCUGUUGGCAUGAAGAAAGAAGCUGUACGUGCGGACAGAAUGAGAGGUGGCCGAAACAAGUUUGGACCUCUAUACCGACGGGACAGGCAUCUGAAACAGCAAAGGGGGACCUACUACCAGACGAACACUGUCCCCUACAGGGUCAAAUUUGAGGGACCACAAGCACUGGUACCUACCACGCCUCAUGAUUUUCAUGUCCUCAACCCCUCCCCUGCGUCUCUUGGCUCUGACCAUUACCACCCACCUCAGCCCUUUCAUCCCAGCAUGAGCCAGUCCGAGUUUCCCAUGCUGUUGGACUGCACCAUGCCCAGAGACCGGACACUGUCUGAUCCAUCCCUACCUUUCCAUACGCUGUGCUAUCCAGGCUUCCAAGGAUAUUCUCCUGAGAAAAGAGAGCUCCCUUUUAGCUAUAGCUCUGCUUCUGUGACACCCCCUGCUCCAAUCUCUCCUACUGUUCUCUCCACACCUGCACCUACACCCACUGCUACACUCACGCCAACCUCAACUCCAAGCUCCACUCCAACUCCAGCACAUAACCUGAUACCCAGUUCAACGCCAACCCCUAGUUCAUGCUUCCUAAAAGAGCUCCUACAGGCUGAGCCAGAUGAGAAGCAGCUCUGCAUGCGGGUGUUAGCAAGCCUCCAAAAAGAACAGGCCUGCCGCGGAAAACAUGACUGCCUCAACACCUUCAGCAUCAUGUGCAAAAUGGCUGACCAGACUUUGUUUGGACUGGUGGAGUGGGCAAGAAACAGCACACUGUUCAAGGAGCUCAAGGUGGAGGAUCAAAUGGUGUUACUGCAGAGCUGCUGGAGCGAGCUUCUUGUUCUGGAUUACUUAUGUAGGCAGGUGGCUUAUGGGAGAGGUGGCAGCAUCUGUCUGAUUACUGGACAACAGAUUGAAGUAUCAACCAUCCUCAGUCAGGCUGGAGCAACUCUUAGUAGUUUGGUGUCCAGAACCCAGGACCUUGUCUCCAAGCUUAGGUCACUACAGCUAGACAGAGAGGAGUUUGUGUGUCUCAAAUAUCUGGUUCUCUUCAAUCCAGACAUUAAAUCAGUACUGGAUCAAAGGCAGGUAGAACAAACUCAAGAGCGUGUAAACAAGGCUUUGAUGGACCACACUAUGCAAACCCACCCAGGUCACCCUGACAAGUUUGGACAACUGUUGCUCCGUCUACCAGAGGUGCGCAGCAUCAGUCUACAGGUGGAGGAAUACCUGUAUCAGCGCCACCUGCUGGGAGAUUUGCCAUGCAACUCAUUGCUGACUGAAAUGCUUCAUGCCAAGCACACAUGAGACAAUCAAAAUA